AUGGAAGGACAUACAGAACAACGAGGGGAGUUAUUUGCAGAAAUUGGUCAAAAAAUAGAUGAUCAAACAUAUAGUGAUGGUGAAGCAGCAUCAUGUACAACAGAUGGGAAUGAAAUAGUGAAUAUUAUUGUCACAACUGAUGAUCCAAAUCUGCAAGCAGAAUCUAUGCCAAGAGGUUAUACAUACUCGUGGAGAAGGCGAAUACAGAAAGUUGUACCUCUAUUGAAGAUGGAUGAAUACAACAGGCACGAGUAUGAUCCGAAAGUAGUUUCAUUAGGACCUUACCAUCAAGGUAAACCUGAGCUGCAGCUAGCAGAGGAUUUCAAGCAUAUAGCCCUUGAAAUGUUUGUUUCGGGUAGCAGCAAAGAUGUAACUUAUUUCUAUAAUAAGAUACUAGAAGUUGUUGACAAUGCAAGAAGUUGUUAUGUUGAUGGCUCCACAGACAAGUACAAUGAUCAUGAAUUUGCCUUAAUGAUGCUUCUUGAUGCCUGCUUUAUUAUCAACCACAUCGAGCUCAGCACGUCGGAUAGGUAUAACAAACUCAGAACCACCAGGCAUCAUCUUGGAAUGUUGGCGUUAUCAACAACAGUUCGAGACAUGUUCUUGCUUGAGAAUCAAAUUCCACUUUGGAUCCUGAAGCUGUUGAUCAGCUUACGAUAUGACAAAGAUGAAGGAGAAGAAUUGCUCGAGAUGUUCUUGAAUUUCACGCUCUUUGGUGAAUAUGAUCAAAAAGGAGAAAUGAGUUACAACCAUGUAGAAGAGCCUCUCCAUCUUCUUGAAGCAUUUAGAACAAGACUUGUCUCACAACCCAGUGAAGUCAGGAAGAAUUUGCAUCGUACUUGCACACCUCAAUGGCUAAAAAGGAAGAAAAGCAUCAUCAAUGAUCGCGUUAAUAUGAAAAGUUACAUUCACUCCUUUCGUUCAGUGACCGAUCUCAAAGCAAAGGGCAUUUACUUCAAGCCCAGCUGCACUCAUUCAUUGAAGGACAUAAAAUUCAAAUCAAGAUACUUCUAUGGGCAGCUUGUACUUCCAACUUGGUAUGUUUCUAUCUAUACAAAGGCAUUCUUCUUGAACAUGAUAGCAUAUGAGAUGUGCCCGAAUACUGUUACUGAUCGUGCUGUGACAUCGUACGUGUACUUCAUGAAAUCACUAAUCGAGAGCCCAAGGGACGUCAAAGAACUUCGAGAAAAACAAAUACUAUUCAACAUGCUUGGUAGCGACGAGGAAGUGGCAAGAAUGUACAAAGAGAUCAAUACAUAUGGAGUGAAUAACGCACACAUUUUCUACAAUGUGAAAGAAAAAAUUCAAGAGCACUACCAUAACAGGGCAAAAACAUGGAUAGCUGAGCUGAUACACACUUACUUUAGGAGUCCAUGGACUGCUCUAGCAUUACUUGCAGCUACUUUCUUGCUCUGCUUGACUUUUAUUCAAUCCUAUUUUACAAUAAAUCCCAAUCCCAGAUCAUGA